CGUGACUGCGCUUGUGGGACGACGCGUUUUGGAGAUGGAAAAGCCGGUUCGCCUCAUCGCGGCGGCCUGCAACGACGGGGGCAUCGGGAAGGACGGGCAAAUGCCCUGGAACUUACCAUCUGAAUUCCUGAAUUUUAGGAGCCAUGUGACGGGGGUGUCGAGACCAGGAAAGAUGAACUUGAUGGUUUGGGGGAAGCUGUGCUGGUUCUCCGUCCCAAAACCAGAUUUCCCGCUGCCCAAUGUUCUGCACGCGGUGCUGAGCAACACAAUGGAGGCGGUUCCAGAUCACGCUCACUUCUUGUGUCAGGACUUGGACAGUGCCGCCCGUCUGGCUGCACAGCCCCCCCUCGCUGACUUGAUUGAGACCAUCUGGGUUGUUGGAGGGACACGGGUGUACGAGGAUGCGCUGAAGCACCCGUGGUGUGACUUGGUUUACCUGACAGACGUCAUGGCCGACUUCGACUGCGACGUUUUCUUCCCCGAGUUUGACAGAGGACUCUUCAAAAAACAAGAAGGAUUUCCUGAUGUGCCGAGUGGAAUUCAAGAAGAGAACGGCAUCAAGUACGAAUAUCAAGUAUUCAAGAGGGAGACCGGCGACGCGGUGUAGAAAGCUCAGAGAAAAUCAAUGUCGGGAAACUCAAGAUGUAUUGCAGUGGACCUCUGGUCCGCCACCUGCUUCCCGAACCUUAACCCGCACUGUGUCAUUAGGAUAUUGGAAGAAGCCAAAGUCUCAUCACUGUUAUCAUCUAAUCAGUGCAGCGUUCCGCUGUAAAUAGGACCUUUACACUCUUUAUCUCUGAGGUACUGUAAACACAGGCACUUAGUCGCCCCUUCUCUUCUUCCAUCACUGCUUGGUCGGACAUUAUGAGCUGCUCUGAUUUUUUAAAAUACAUCCUCUGCCCCUCAGCGUUCCUCGUCUUCCUCCUCAGUAAUAUUGCAUCUGCACAGAUACAAUGUUUGUCAGUCGGCGGCCUACGUCAACGACAGCUUGUGUACGGAUCGGGUCCUUUCCAAGCCGACGUGACAUAUGCCUGCGUAGAAAGCCACACGUGAAUUUUCCUAUACUGGUUUGCUUUAAUAACUGUUUUAUUUAGAAAUAGAUGGAGACAUUCUUCAGCUUUUUAUUUGGUAACUUUAGAAAGUUGUCAUGUUUCUAAAAAAAAAAAUUCUGUGUAGCCUUUUGUGAAUCUAGGAUUUUUUUCCCCUGAAAAUGAAUCAAUGUUUACGUUUUUACUGCAGCAACAUUUGAUAAUUUCUGGAUUUAUUUUUUACUUUUGAAUAAAAUUGGCCUUAUUCAUC